CCCAAGGACCAGAACCAUCUGAAAUACAUCAGACCAGAACCAUCUAGAGAAACAGUAUCAGACUGGAACAUCAUGGAUGGGAGCAGAUGAUCAUCCCUCAUGGUUCCCAGUCAGCCGAUCUGGAGGGUUAGGCUCUGCAUUAGCCUGUGAUCCAUCAGAUCUUCCAGAAUCACAAUCUCAGCUCAGCAGAACAUCUCAGAAGAGAGAACCAGCGGACGUCUUCCAUACUGAGUGACACCCCCACUGGGAUGAUGGAGGAUGUCAGCAGGAUGGGGUCCUGAUGGUGGGUGUGACACUCCUGGUUCUGGACCUUUGGUUGGCAUGAAGGAGUUCUGACCAAGGCCUUGCACCACCUAGCAGCAGAACUUGCUGAGGGAUGCCGCUGGUGAAGAGGAUCAUCGAGCCCAGGUACCUGUGCCGCGGAGCUCUGCCUGAUGGGGUCGCCAGCGAACUGGAGUGCGUCACCAACAGCACACUGGCUGCUGUCAUCAAGCAGCUGGGAGGACUUAGUCGUCAUGCAGAGGAUAUCUUUGGUGAGCUCUUCAUGGAGGCCAACAGCUUCUGCCUGAGGAUGAACAGCCUGCAGGAGAGAGUGGACCAGCUGGCCAUGAAGGUGACUCAGCUGGACUCCACCGUGGAGGAAGUAUCCCUGCAGGACAUCAACAUGCGGAAAGCUUUCAGAAGCAGUACCAUCCAGGACCAGCAGGUGGUGUCCCGGAGCUCUAUCCUCAACCCGGUGUUGGAGAUGUACCACCGGUGUGAUAAACCACCCCCCCUCAACAUCCUCACACCUUACAGGGAUGAUAAAAAGGAUGCUCUGAAAUUCUACACCGACUCGUCUUACUUCUUCAGCCUGUGGAAGGAGAAGAUGCUGCAGGCAACAGAGAACAAACGCAAGGAGAAGAGAAGACACAAGGAGCAGAAGCAGGUGGAGGAGUCUUCAGGACGGGAAGUGAAGAAGGUCCGCAAAGCUCGGAACCGACGGCAGGAGUGGAACCUGAUGGCGUACGAUAAGGAGCUCCGUCCAGAUGCUCGACUGACACCAUCACCUUACCACACCUCCGAUGGCUCAGUGUCACCUGACAGGUCGAGAAUGUCCGAUGACCCCUCCAGCCCUUGUCAUGAGGGGAAGGACCCUGUUUCCAUGGUGACAAACAGCAGCGGCCAAACUCAGUCGCUUGAUCGUGCCCUGCGGCCCACAGCAGCAUCCUCGGCAGCUGCUGCCACCUCCGUCCGGCAGCACUCCCUGGGACGCAACCAGCCACAUCAUCACCACCAGGUGCCGCCUGCUAGCUCAGCCACUCAGAAAGGAGCAUGGGUCAACAUGGCAAGGGAUUCCAGUGACCAUCAGAUCCCACCAGCACCACCGCCUCCCCCUCCUCCAAUGCCAUCAGCGGGACAAAAAGUGUUUUCCAGCAUCUCCACCCACAGCGCUGCCGUGGCAACCCAAAAGCAUCCUGCAGUGGCUGCUGGUAAUCAAGGUGGCACUGGUUCAAGUUCCCGCCCUUACAGCCCCUCUCCUCCCCCUCCUCCUCCUGCCAACUAUGUCCCCUCCCCAGCCCACCCUGGGGGCCAAGCAACAGCCUCAGCUGCUGCGCCCCCACUGCCUCAAGCCACUGAAAACAGGAAGCCGUCGAGCAUCCUGAACAUCCCAAUGAACGACGCCCGGAGUGACCUGCUGGCUGCAAUCCGCCGAGGGAUCCAGUUGAGGAAGGUUCAGGAGCAGCGUGAGCAGGAAGAGGCCAAGAAAAGAGAACCUUCAGGAAACGAUGUGGCUACGAUAUUGUCACGCCGCAUCGCUGUGGAGUACAGCGAAUCAGAGGAGGAGUCUGAACCGGAGGACCAGGAGUGGUCCGACUAAGGUGGCGCUAACCCACCGAAUAAUCCUAGCACUAGACUACUACAGGAACUGAAACAGUUACCUCUACUGACAUAAACCACACCUGAAAUAGUUUCAUUCUUCUUUUAUUUCAUUAGUUGGUUAACCUUGUUGUUAAUUGAGCUGGUUAGUUGUUAUGCUCUACCCAAAGCAGGCCCAAUGCAGUUCCACAACCUCUAAACUGAAUUGCUGCCCUCAUGUCAGAGGUGUAAUAAACAUAACUGCCUGCAGAGGCCUCACACCUGUUCAGGUAUUUCGUGUUUGGGGGUCAUUAAGUGGGGACUUGAUUUUACUUGUGGUCCAGGAGGUGCUGUUCCUUUCAGACUGGAAUAAAAUAGUUAAAGUGUAACUCACCAUGAUUUAUAUGCAUAACCCCGCCCCCAGACAAAAAAAAAAAAAAAAGCCACCCAAG